GCAGGCGCGUCCUAUCAGCGCGUGUUUUUGGCGGGACUGCAAGUGAAGCCCAGUGAGAGAGAGAGAGAGAGAGAGAGAAGCCUGGCUGGUGGAGUGACACUAAAACUGGGCAGGGGCUUGAGUAGGCGGAUACAAAGUAGAAGAUGACCACGGUUGAAGAUUCCUUUUUUUCUCCUAUUAGCCUUGUUUCUACUACUAAAAUGGGAAAGAAACAAGGUAGCAAGACGAAAAAGUCUGAAGAUGUUCAGCCUGAAGAAUAUAUUGUCGAAAGAGUAUUAGACAGACGAGUUGUACAAGGAAGGGUUGAAUACCUUCUGAAAUGGAAAGGUUUUACAGAAGCAGACAAUACAUGGGAGCCAGAGGACAAUUUAGAUUGCCCAGAGUUGAUCCAGGAGUUUCUGGAUUCCCAAAAAGCCACCAAGGAGCGUACUGAUGGGUUCAAAAGAAAAUCUGUCUCUGAAAAUGAGAGUGAAGAAAACAAGUCAAAGAAGAAAAAGGAUCCAAACGAUAACCAACCAAGAGGUUUUGCAAGGGGGUUAGAACCAGAACGCAUCAUCGGUGCUACUGACUCGAGCGGAGAAUUGAUGUUUCUAAUGAAAUGGAAGGAUUCUGAUGAUGCAGAUCUGGUUCCAUCCAAGGAAGCCAAUGUUAAGUGUCCGCAGGUUGUGAUUGCAUUUUAUGAAGAGAGACUGACAUGGCAUUCCUAUUCCACAGAUGAUGAGGAAAAUUAACUGCAGCAUACAGUAAAAGUAAAGGAUGUUGUGGAGAAAUUGUGUAUUCAUGUUCAGAAGUACUGUUAUUGUCAAGUUUAAAACCUGCGCCUGAAAUAUAAAGUUCACCAUCUAUUUAAUGCCCUUUGACUGCAAGGUGAAUUUCAGCUGGAUAGUUUAUGCAUUGAGACUGGAACAUUUGUUACUUAGGAUAUAUUGAUUAAAUGCAUAAAUAUCAAAUGUACUUUUGGUCCUUUUAUUGACAAUAAUAAGGCUGCCUUAGCUGUUUGCCAGAAAAGUUGUUGUGCACGUCAGCAGAUAGAUCUAAUACAAGCUGUCUUAAGAAUCUGAGUUUAGAACACAGUCACCCUGAUUUUAAAUAGCUUUUGUGUGAACAUGUUUGCUUACUUUGUCAAUUUUUUAAAAACUAAAUUGCAUUUUGACUAAUGAUAAUCGAGUUCCAACUUGCAGUAUAUUUGGCUCAGCAACCAAUUGUGGCUAUUUUAAUCAUAUUCAAUUUCUAAAGUCACUAUUAUAAAGUUUAAUUGGUAGUUUAUAAAAUUUGUAGUUUUAAUAUUAUUUGCCAUGUAUUAUUUUUCUUGCAAUUCACUCAGGUUUUUUCGAAUGGUUCUAACAACGAAGAAACUGAUCAAGUACUUCAGAUUCAAUAAGCCCGUUGUUGUAAUGCAAAUGCCGAAUUGAAACUUAAGUACUUAAGUUACUAAGUGCCAUUUGACAAUAAUGGCCUCGUGUAUAUUACAGCUGUAACUAUUCCAAGUUGGCCCUCCGUUUUAAGCCUAUAAACGAGGAUGAUCAUGAAGUAGCUAAUCAGUCAAGAAAAUUCUGCUCUACUAUUGAGCUGAUGCAGCAAUUUGUUCUCAAAUUAAGGAAUUGUCACCUGUUUUGCGAUAUGAGUUAGUUUUAAAAGCUGAGCUUUUUAUUUAUAAAUUUAAACUUAAUGAGCAAUGUUUUGUUGAAUACUUGUACUGCCCAGUUUCUUCCGUGAUGUUGAUUUCCAUUUCUUGUUAACUGCUGAGGAAAGAUGUUUAAUAAAACUAUUUUUGUCUUUUUUGAA